CUCUACAUCAGCAUUUGCCACCCCCUUCCUUAACAAAAAGUGUGUUUUAGAAUGGAAAGUUGUUGCUAUGCAUUAGUUAUAGAGGAACAUGCAUGCAUUUGACUUUUAGCAGUAUAUAGUGUGACUGAAUAGCCGACGACUGUCUACAUUUUCACACCGUCUAUUGUUGCUUUUAUUUCUCUCAACUUUCUUUCUUGUGUUAUUCAGCCGUUUAACCAAAACCACAGUCAGCAAUCUCACAAUACCUGGGAUUGAUGAUGCACGCGGACCAAUAGGAGAGGGGCCUCGGCACGCGGAUUGUUAUUUGAUGGGUGCAUGUUAGUAGGGGGAUAGGGCCUCCUCCAAUGAUCGUCUGAGUACCGGGUCACAUGUUUGGUCCCCCCUUCCUCUCCAUUCAUCAGGGGUGGACUGUGUUGUCUUUUCAAUUCAUUUAUCUGCAGGAAUGAUUGCGACUAUCAGUCUGAAGCUCACCGCCUGACUGGGGAGGUGAAAGUUUCGCCACAGGAAGAUAAACCGCAAAAUACAAUAUUGUACAUGAUUUGCGUGUGCAUCGGAUGAGAAUUAGUGUGGGGGAAAAUUCCACUCUUGUUUUAGGUAAAUAGAAAACCGGUGGAUUGGAGUUUGUACUCCUCUGUAAGUUCUGAGAGAGACUUUUGCAGAAAGAUAGAAAGCGAGAGAGGUAUAGGAGUGAGAGAAUAACUGUUCGUGAUUUUUUAUUUCUGCUCUCAGUCGCCUCAUUGAGUUGUAGACUGCCGGAAGAUGCUUCUGGAUGCAGGACCCCAGUACCCCACCAUAGGAGUCACUACGUUCGGCUCCUCAAGGCAUCACUCAACAGGCGAAGUCACAGAAAGAGAAGUGGCUUUGGGGAUAAAUCCGUUCGCAGACGGGAUGGGAGCUUUUAAAAUCAACCACAGCUCCCACGACCUGGGCUCCGGCCAGACGGCGUUCUCCUCCCAGGCUCCCGGCUACGCUGCUGCCGCCCUGGGUCACCACCACCACCCGACACACGUCAGCUCCUACUCCACCGCAGCCUUCAACUCCACCCGGGACUUUCUCUUCAGAAACCGGGGCUUCGGGGAUGCCACCAGCGCGCAGCACAGCCUGUUUGCCUCGGCAGCGGGAAGUUUUGCAGGGCCACAUGGACACUCCGAUGCCGCGGGGCACCUGCUCUUCCCGGGACUCCACGAGCAAGCCGCAAGUCAUGCAUCAUCAAAUGUCGUCAACAGCCAGAUGCGGCUUGGCUUUACCGGGGACAUGUACGGCCGGGCUGACCAGUACGGCCAUGUUGCGAGCCCCCGCUCCGACCACUACGCCUCCUCCCAGCUGCACGGCUAUGGCCCCAUGAACAUGAACAUGGCGGCUCACCACGGGGCAGGGGCCUUCUUCCGAUACAUGAGGCAGCCCAUCAAACAAGAGCUCAUCUGCAAGUGGGUCGAGCCCGAACAGUUGUCGAACCCCAAAAAGGCUUGCAACAAAACGUUCAGCACGAUGCACGAGCUCGUGACCCACCUGACAGUGGAGCAUGUCGGUGGACCGGAGCAGUCUAACCAUAUCUGCUUCUGGGAAGAGUGCGUCCGAGAAGGAAAACCAUUUAAAGCCAAGUACAAACUGGUAAAUCAUAUCAGAGUGCACACCGGAGAGAAACCAUUCCCAUGUCCCUUCCCCGGCUGUGGAAAAGUGUUUGCCCGAUCGGAAAACCUGAAGAUCCACAAAAGGACACACACUGGUGAAAAACCUUUCAAGUGUGAGUUUGAGGGCUGCGACAGACGGUUUGCCAACAGCAGCGACCGGAAGAAACACAUGCACGUCCAUACAUCUGACAAGCCAUAUCUCUGCAAGCAAUGCGACAAGUCCUACACACAUCCAAGCUCUCUGCGGAAACACAUGAAGGUUCACGAGGCUACCACGCAAGGACCCCAACCGUCACCAGCGGCCAGUUCCGGGUACGAAUCGUCCACGCCGCCCACCAUCGUAUCCCCGUCCACAGAGAACCAUAAUUCCAGUUCCAUAUCACCGGCAACCUCGACAGUACACCACACGACCAGUCACCACACCACGCUGUCGUCAAAUUUUAAUGAAUGGUACGUGUAAAAUAUUUUCACAAAGACUGCAGAAAUAGGACUGCUUGGAAUCUAAGACUUUGAAAGUCAGUCUAUAAUGCGUGGACAGAGAAAAAUACGAGGAAGCCAAAAUGGUUGGUUAAUGGCUACAGAGAGAGAGACAGAGUGAUGCAUGGACAAGGUGCACGACCAGCUACCAAGUUAAAGUUUUUUUUAAACAUCCCCCCCCCGGCUCUUUUUUGAAAGACUGAACGCAAGAUAUCUCAAUGCAUGCUAUCUGCGGUUCGUGGCCUGAUUCUCUUUGUACAUAAAGAUUCACAGUUCAAACAUGUUAUAUUUUAUUUUGUAAAUAGUUAUAUCACAGUUUAAGGGCAUUUGUGAAAAUGUGGUCCCUAGAUAUAUGGAAAAUGAGAUGGUUUUACCAAUAAUAUUGCGAUGACUAGUGUUGAUUGAACAGAAUGUUGUAGUUGAUGUGUACCCAAUGUGAAUUACUCAGUAUAACUACCGUCUCCACUAUGACGUCGACCUUACCGACUAUUAGUCUAUUUAUGUGCUUUUGUAUUUGGUGCCACAUUCCGUCUACGGUCCAGUUGGAGUAGCACAGUACUUACCAUUGCUGUUAUUUAAUGUCAUGUCGAUAAAUCGUGUAGUGAACGCCUGAAACUCCGUGUCAAUCUGUUUAUGUACGUGAUAAAAGAUUUUAAAAAACUAUUUGUCCAUUACCUUGAUAAUGUCAAGGCAGUAUUACCUACAUGUAUAUAGCUCAAUUUUCCAUAUUUAUCCGCAUGUAAAGGGUAACGUUAGAAAUGAUCGGGAUUUAUGGAGAAAUACGCUCUUAUGUAGAAUUUAGUCUACACAAAAUGUUUGGUUACAUUUCGUACUAUAUUAAAGCAUAAAAAAAUACAACCAACUAUUGUCUUCCAAUAUUUUUUGUUUCUCAUAGCCUACUGUCUAAAUAUGACUGGACAUCAAAAUGACUGCUUCGUGAUUACCUAUGUAUUCCAUUAUCAUUAACAACGCAGUUAAAUAGAGAACUAGGCAUUUAGUAAAGCAUGAUAAGCCUAUAUGAGGUAUUAUAUUGAAAUAACUAUCAUACUAAAAGUAACCGUUUUAAAUGACAUGUUCACAGGGGCACAAAUCAAAUAGGUGGUGCACAUUUCAUAACACCUAGACUAUCAGUAAAGGGACAUGAUAUGUGGACCGUCUUAUCAGGCUAGGCUAAGCUACUGCUCUAUCACCCGCUUAUCAAAGGGCACCACCUAAAUCACAUCAUGCUAGCCUUUUUAGACUUGCAGAAUCCAAUUCAGUAAUACGAAUUAAUGUUAAGUAAUUUGAUUAUUCCUGUCCUUGUCUCCUGUUAACCCAUAAUUAACAUACCAGUCCUUGCCCUCGAGUAAUUCGAGAAUGUAAACGGUUAAUCGUGACGGAUAUAAUUAUCAGUCUGUGUAAACGAAAUUGUUUAUGUUUUGACUUAAUUGUUGUCGAUGUAAUUCAGUUUCCCCAAAGCUAGCUGUGUCAGAUGGAUGUCAUAGUGCCGAGGAAGUGUUGAGACUUCUGGAGUCAGUGUUGUAGUCUUUGUUCCGUGGUGUAGCCAGCCUGGUUGACCGGACCAUUAGGCAGGGUUCACGUCAACAGACAGACGCCAGUGAUCACCAGCCUGGCCUGCGUCGUUAACACUGCCAGUGCGCUAAGGCGACACAGAAUAGAAUCAUAUAAUCCCCGAUCUGUCAGUCUGCAGCUGACAACAUGACACGUUGGACAGGCCGAAAAAUGACGAUACAAUUCUAACAGAAAAAGACGAAGACAAAUGGCCUGCACACAAUGUUCAAUUGAUCAGUCAUCAGUAACAAUCCUCACGCAGUGUGUUUAUGUGUUUUAUUUUUUACAUAUAGUUUACAGUAAUACUACGGGCCUAAACAUUUUCUCUGAAAUAAGAUCUGUUUUUUUAAUUAAAAUGAUUUGCAAUCGUACAGGAUGGAACUAAGAGUUGAAAUAUGAUCUGUUUUUAUAAAAUACGUUACCAUGGUCCAGGAUGAAAUAGAAGAAUGACUAUGUGUUUUUUCAAGUCCAUAUAAAACAUUUGAUUUAAAAUGUAAGAGUGUGUGUAUGUGCGUUCGUGUGUGUGUGUGUAAUUUAAAUGGCGGAAAUUCAUGAUAUCUAAGGUGAUUUGUUUGAAAUGUAUUCAUAUUAUUUUAGCGUGCCAGGCUAUUCAUUCUUUUUCCUGAUAAAUGGCGGUACUAAAAUGACUUUUCCGACUCUAUUUAAGACUAUCUAUUUAGAUUCUAGUGCCAAUACUUUUUCAUUCAUGCAUCAUUAGACCAGCUAUAGAAAGUGCUGUGUAUACCAUAUACCCAUAAAUAUGUUUUGCAUUAUAGAAUGACAUUGGUUUUGUUUGAAAAGACCGGUCGUUCUCCAACAAAGCUAGAAAGCUUUGCUUAUCGACUCUGGUCUUGAAUUUCCUUAACAUUUAUUUUGAACUAAAAUAUCACUAGGCCUCAAAUAUAACUUUAUAAUAUUAUUAGAUGUUACCAGAUCAUAUCGUUAUAUCGCACACCUGGUUUCGGAAAACGCAACAAAUGCAUGUUGAGGCUGAAUUCAACUGCAAAGUGUCUUGAACUACGAGACAACCAUGGUCUCCUCAUGCCAAUAUCAGCGCUACACAGACAGACACUACUAAAGCAUGUAUAUGCAGAGAUUCCAUUGGGUAUCGAUAUAUAUAUCGUUUACAUUCCAAAAUGUAAAACAAAUGUCAUUAAAUUAGUCAUAAACACACAUAAACAAUGUAAUUGACAUUUUACAUUAAAAAAAAGACAUCGCAUUGUGUUAUUACAGAACAAAAGUAAACUAUUAACAUUUGAAAAGACUGAGAACAAAUGUAGGACAUAUAUAUAUAUGGUAGAAUCAAUAUUUGAGAUUCUUCCUUUACAAAAAUAGCUGAUAUGGAAAUCUUCUCGUUUCCAGACGAAGAUGUCUGAAUGCCAGGCGGUGUAGCCACCACGGCGUGCAUGGGCUCUUAUGAACCGGAUCAUUGACGGAAUAAGGAAAUCUCAUCCUUUCAGUUUUGUUCACACCAACUUAAUUUGUUCAGUUGACUGUAUUGCGACGUUUCUUAACGGUCACAUCGCGCUGAAAACAGCAGAGUCGCGUUUAAAGCUCUUGAACAGCGCAGGCGCCAGCCCUCAGUGCGCCUAGCUUGUCAAUGAAUAUUUAUGACUUGCGCUCGCAGCCAGUUAAACCCAGGCCGAGCGUGUGUGUUGUUUUCAAUGAUAGAAAUUAAUGCGAACUUGCACGUUCCAACUAUGAAUUAUAUUUAAACCUUCAGGAAAAUAUUUGACCCAUGAAAACAGACGUGUCACUUUAUAACUUCAACACGCAGUUAUUGCAAAGUAAAAUAUCCUGUUCCAAAUAUGAUAGUCAGAUUAUAGCAUAGUAUGGUCCAAUUAUAAUAUAGACGUCAAAUAUUCAAUUAAGAUGUUAAUGGAAAAUCAACGUUUUAUUAUUUGACUAAUAGACCUACAAAACGGGUAAUACUAACUAUCGAACAAAGCCGUUAGCUACCAAAUAGCUGCUUACUUUCUCCAAUAAUAUAAGACAAUAUGUUUAAUCAUUUCAGAGUUAUUUCAAGUUCUGAACAAAGUUUAGAAGACAUUCUGUAUGAUUAUGUUCGUUAUUGUUAUACCCUAACCUUUUUUUCUGAUUGGGUGUUGGAGUGUAAACCUGGCAACUUGUUUCUUUCUAAUGCGCACUUGAUGUUGGCCUAUACACUCUUCAAAUCUGUCAAGUCAUUAACAUAGUUGCCAGGCUGCAGGAAGGAUUAGUCUAGUAUCAAGUUACUGAGUUGACUAGUCUAUGUACUAGAGCUGAGGGGUUGGUUGAACCCGGCAGUACAUGGAGCCCCGGAGCCCCGGAGGUACACGGAGACCCAGCCGGAGAAGAGAAGGAAAGCUGUUGUGCCACUUGAUGAAUCAUUACUGCCCGCCCACGGUUCCACAUGUUCAUCCUACGGUGGUAACUAAAUUAAUAAGAUAAAUAUUUAGUCAUAAGACUACAUGCUGAUAUGUAUAGGGUAGCGUAUGUGUUUCCCCCCCAAAAAUAAUCAAUGAUGGUGCAGAAAUGUUUAGUGCGCAGAUCUUCCCAAUAGACAAUUGAUCUGAUGAUUGAACAUUUGUAUCUUUAGUUUGGAUAGUUUAGUCCUUAUUAUGGUAACAGGUGAAAAAAAAGCAUCGGUGUGAUUACACGUUUUUUUUUUACCUUGGCAGAAAUGUGUAUUUAUUAUAAUGAUUGUGAUGAUUCUGCUAAUGUUCUGUUUGUUAUCGUGUCGUUAUCUCUUCUGUGUGGUUUCUUUUCAUGAACCCAAGGCAAAUAAAGACAUCCAGCGUUACA